AGAUUUGUCGUUCAGGGAGUUGGUUAGAGGCGGAACUAUCCAGAAAGGUACAAUAUUCUCUUGUUUUACAUUUAGAAACAUUAAGGCUAAUCGACCAUUUGUCACACCAAGACGAGAGCUUAUUUACGCCACUUCGCGCAAGAACAGCCCCAUACCUUAUUGAUAAUGCGACAUAAGACACAAUCAUAAGUCAACAGCUUAAUCAAAUAUGUGAUUCCGACAGGCAAAUCAUUUAUUUAAAUAACAAACAACACACAACAAAUGAAUCCUUAGAGCACUCCCGAGGACACUGACAAUGACGGCGAAUCACAAAGUGCAGGCUAGUACUGAAAAUAGUUCGACAAGAAGCACUGCCCGAAGCCUAAACAUUGGCAUAAAUUUUUAGUUUAAGCACAUUAAAAAAAAAGGAGAUCAUGCGAAACUGUCAAACUCUCGAAUCAAUUUCCUGACUACUCCUCUAAAGAAUUCGUUAGUAAACAAAAUUAGUCGUGAUUGCCAAAAGAAAAACACUUCAUAAAGCUAUGCUGACGUCAAAAAAAAAAAAAAAAUCAGACUCGAGAAAAGUCGUCAGGUUGGUAUAUACGGUAUUUACGCUAUAUUCAAUAUUUACAGUAUAUGCAGUAACAAUGUUUGCAUGGUACACGUGCUAACAAUGUUGGUCUGUAGCAAAUGGGCGAGUCUGAAUUACCAGAUUUGUGAUAACUCACCGCGCAGAAUGGCUAGUCCAUUGCCCCUUGACGAUAAUGGCCGUGUGAAAACUCACUAUCACCGGUUGUUCGAAAACAAACGGGAGUAGCAUAAUCGGUGCAGUAAUCUCUGCUUGGCUUCUGUAUACUUGUGAUUCUCUAACGGCUUACCCCGCAAACCAUCAGGAAGAACCGCUGAAAGUACUUUAUCGCAUAGCGAAGUCUAUAUAUCACGCAGCUCCCACGGUGGUCUCAAGAAACUCGCUAAAGCCUCUGAUAGCGAACUAACACUACUAUCGCCGAUCAAGAUGUUUAUCCGAGGGAUAUAGGAAGCGUUGGCUCGUUUGGGCGCUGCUGUAGGACGCUCGCAUUUUCGAGCUGCUGGCAUGGGACCGUUCACUGUUGCACUGUGCCUGUUGGCAGUGACGCUAGCAGCGUCUUCCCAAGCCGAUGGCUCAUUCUUCGCCGCGAAGCUGGGGAAGCGCACCUACUUCUCAGAGGACGAAGUGUGCAGCGAGGCCCUGCAGCGGAAAGUGCGUUGGGCAGGCGGCCGUUUCACCCGCCGCUACUUUGGCUACUGGCCGCUGCGUGGAGACCCCGAGAGUAGGACGAACGAGUCUUCGCUGCUCGAGCUGAACCUGUUCACGCCGACGGUCGCGGACAUGCGCAUCCACGGCUGCUCUAUGGAAAUGAACGUCUCCGCGAUUCUCAUCGGAGCAGCCGAGCUGGUGUUGCCCGCAGCCACGGAGGAAGUCCGAAUUUUGGGCUCCGGUCACGUCGUGGCAAAGAUCUCGUGGCCCGGACCUCGAGUGGACAACGCUUCCUUAACCGCCUUCCGCUUUCUCGUUCAACCAUCGGAGAGUGAAGACUCAGGACACGCCAAGCUGAUCGCGCAGGCCACCGAAGAUCUUUUGAUGAACAGGAUCUCCAAGCAGCUGCCCGAGUUUUUUCUGCGGGUAAUGGGCACCGGGUCAUCAAGACGGAGGAACCAAAUCCACCACAGAAAUCCCACGAUGCCACCGCUGCCUUGUCCAAUGGGGCUCCAACAGUAUAGGCUGCCUCGGUCAAAUUACACGAUAGUCUGCUGAAGAAUCACGCAUAAAAUAAUGUGGAGUA